CCUCCAGCACCUCGACUGCGGCCCAUUGAUCCGACUGGCCCAUUCAUGUCCACAUAGAUGAAGGGAAUAGACUAGCUUAUCUCCGAAGCUGAGCUCAGUUCGUUCCCCGGAUCUUGUCGAUGGCUAUAUUCCUACCCCGUUCUCACAGGACUUCGUGCAAACAUUGUCUCUCACAUCAUCCACGAAAAUGGUUGCACCACAGUACUUCCCCCGUAUCUUGUCCGCGGAGAUAGACGGCCGCACUCAGAACAUCCGAUACCGUCAGAAUCAAUUCCACCGAUUACAAUCCACCCUCGUUCAGCACGUUGACCAGAUCAAGGACGCUCUGCUCACCGACUCGGGCCAUGCCCCGGAGGAAGUCCGCGCCGAGAUCUGUCUUGCAUUGAAGGAGAUUCGCACGCACUAUGCUUCGCUAGACUUAAGCAGAGACCUCGAGGAGGAGUAUAGGGUUGCACAUGGUAAGGAUAACCGGGAUGGCAAGCGUGGCGCGGGCAUCGUCUACAUCGUCCCGUGCACGCACACCAUGUUCUUCUCUAUCGUCUCGGCGCUGAGUGCGGCACUGGCAGCGGGGAACUGCAUUAUCCUGGAGUUGACAAAAAACACUAUGGCCCUGCCUGCUCUACUGAAAAAGAUCCUCCCGCCCGCGCUCGAUGCAGAUACCUUCGCCGUCAGUGAAGAUAGACCCGACGUAAGCUUUCUGAGCCAGGUGGUAGUGCUCAAUCAGAACGGCGAUGCAGGCCAAAUCUCCGGCCAAAGUAUCUCUUCUCCAAGCACAGCUCGGACAAUCGCCGUAGUCGACCGCACUGCCGACGUGCCGGCGGCGGCGGAGGCGCUGGUCGCGGCGCGGUUGACCUUUGGGGGUCGUUCGCCAUACUCGCCCGAUGUGGUGCUCGUGCAGGAGUUUGUCAUGAAGGAGUUUGUGGAAGCGGUGCUGCAGCGGUCGUCGAAGUACCUGGGCGGCCAGAAUGGCGAGGCGCGCCAGGCCGUCGCGAACCCUCGUCGCGCGAGUCCAGGGGCCUCGUUGCUCGACGCGGCGCAUAAGGACGCUGGUUCGCGCGUUCUCGUUUCUGGAUCCGAGUGGGGUGUUGUCGAGGUGCUGGAUCGGAAAUCACCCCUGCUACAGAGAAAAGUCGCGGAGAAAGUGCUGAUCCUACAUCCAAUAACCAGUCUGGAUGAUGCUAUUGACUUUAGUACUUCAAGCAGACGCGGAACGCUUGCUGCGACAUACGCCUUUGCGGCCCCCGCGUCCGCCAAAUACCUGACCCAAUUCAUCGACUCUUACAUUUCCUGGGUCAACCAUGUUCCCACUGAUAUGCUGAUUGGACCCGCCUAUCCCACCAACCUGACCCCCAGCCCCGACACUCGCUACUCGACACUAUCACUUCAGGUGCCUCGGCCACAGCUCAUUACUCCGACAAGUAACGCCGCACUCACCCAGACAGUCCUGAGCACCAAGAAUAGCCACUGGAACCAGGUGUGGACAGAGAACUUAGCGCCGUUGCCUGCGAUCGGCCAACGGGCCGGCAAGAAGAUCGGGUUCUUCGAACAAGGCAUCAUCACGGGCGGAGUGAUUCUUCUCUUCUCCCUGGCGGCUACGGUGUCGACGAUGGGAUUCUAUGGCUUUUCUGCUAUCAAACGACUGCAUGCGUAAAUCAUUAUCUUAUUAGUUCCAACUCUAGUCUAUAUAUACCAUUACCAACCGCUUACUCCC